AUGGCCACCACUCUCGACCUCGCUCGGCGAUUUAUUGCAAAUGCCUGGAACCCCGGCGUAACGGUAACUGAUGCGCCAGCCGAUAUCACCGUCGAUUGGGACGUCCCCAUCAAGGUCAGAGAUGGAACAACACUACGAGUCAACGUGUUCCGACCAAGCUCCGGCAAGCUUGUCCCUGUCGUCAUGUCGGCGCAUCCAUACGCCAAAGACAAGAUCCCCCUCAAGACCAAGACCGGCCGCGGCCUGUCGCCGCAGUAUCGUUUGCUAUCUCAGCCUCGCCCGUUCCAUAUCUCCCAGUAUACGGGCUGGGAAGCGCCGGAUCCUGCAUUCUGGGUGCCACGGGGCUAUGCCGUGGUGAAUGCGGACCUCCGGGGCGGCGGAACAUCAGAGGGCGUAGCCGAUUUGUUCUCCGAUGAAGAAGCGCAAGAUUAUUUCGAGUUGAUAGAAUGGGCAGGGACGCAAAGUUGGUCGUCUGGAAAAGUUGGCUUGGACGGCGUGUCUUACCUGGCCAUCAGCCAGUACAAGGUAGCCGCGCUUCGACCGCCUCACCUUGCCGCCAUCUGUCCCUGGGAGGGAUUCAGCGACCUCUACCGCGACUUUGCUAGGCCCGGCGGCAUCCGUGAAGACGGGUUCUCGAUCCUGUGGAGCAUGGGCACUAGCCGCGGAGCCCGUGUCGCCAGGCCUUUAUUACGCAGCCAAAUGAUCGAUCGCCCACUUCGGGACGAAUGGUACCAGUCCAUCACGCCAGACUUGGAGCGGAUUCAGGUUCCACUCUUGGUGUGCGGUAGCUUCUCCGACCAUCUGCUACACAGUCGCGGAUCGUUCGAGGUCUUUCGGCGCGCAGGCUCGGCGCAGAAGCGGCUCUACACUCACAGGGAUGGCAAGUGGUGCGCUUAUUACAGCGAGGAGGCCUGCCAGGAACGGCUUCGAUUCUUUGAUCACCACUUGAAAGGCGUGGAGAAUGGGUGGGCUGAAGAGCUGCCUGUGCGACUUGCAAUCAUGGAUAUCGGCGCCAAGCCUGCAGCCGUGACCCGAGAGUCGGCCUGGCCACCUCAAGACCUGACCUGGCGCAAGCUUUGGUUGGACGCUCAAUCAAGCACCAUGCGAGAUGAGCCCUCCCUCGACCACGGAUCAGUCAACUUCCGCAGCCAAUUCGGCAGCGUCGCGUUCAACUGGACCGUACCGAUCGAUCUAGACAUCAUUGGCCCCAUGUCCUUAAGCCUGUCCGUUCAGGUCGACGGCGCCACCGACAUCAAUUUAUUUGUGGACGUCGCGAAGGUCCGCAAUGGGGUAAAGACGACGUUUGAGGGCUCAUAUGGCUUUGGAGGCGACAUGGUGUCAAAGGGCUGGCAACGGGCCGCUCAUCGUGAACUUGACUUGAUCCUUUCGACUCCUGAGCAACCGGUGCAUCGUCAUGAGCGGGACGAGCUCUUGUCCCCAGGCGAGAUUGUUCCGGUGAUGAUAGCUCUUCGGCCGCAUGCGACUCGCUUCCGGAAGGGCGAUGAGCUUCGCGUUGAAGUUCAAGGCCGAUGGCCCUAUGCCCGAAAUCCUUUUACCGGUCCCUUUCCGGCCGGCUACGAAUCGAGUCCCAAAGGCAUAUGCCAUCUCCACACUGGGGCCCAAUACGAGUCCCAUCUAUUGGUUGGCGUCCGGCCCUACGUUUAG